AUGAAAACCACAGUGCAACAGAGUGGACGCUUUAGUGUAUUUGACAAUUGUGAAUACAAUAUAACCCUAAAUACCUGUAUAGACAAUGACCCAAUGUUCAAACGUCAACCCAAUGACAACGAAUUAGGACAGUCCAUAGAGGACACCCAAUUCCUCGAGCUGAUGGACAAAACCUUCACUAAGAAUUCAACAGGAAAAUGGACAGCCCCAUUACCAUUUCGGGAGACCCGUGAAAAACUACCAAACAAUCGAUCUGUGGCACUGAAACGAGCACUGAUGCUACAAGGGAGUCUGCAACGAAAUCCAACUAAACGGGAACACUUUGUAAGCUUUAUGCAAGGCAUUUUUGAUUCGGGACAUGCUGAAGUUGCUCCUCCUAUUCAACCUGGGCAGGAAUGUUGGUACUUGCCUAUAUUUGGGGUGUACCAUCCCAAGAAAAAGGAUGAAAUACGAGUUGUAUUUGACUCUUCCUGCAAACAUGAGGGCAUUUCCCUGAAUGACGUGUUAAUGCAAGGACCAGACCUGAUGAAUCGUCUGGAUGGAGUGCUCAUGAGAUUCAGAAAGGAGCCGGUUGCUGUGAUUGCAGACAUUCAGCAGAUGUUUUUCUGCUUUCACGUUGCAGAACCUCACAGAGACUUUCUUCGUUUCUUUUGGCAUCGAAAUAACGAUCCGAAACAAGAAUUACUGGAGUACAGAAUGUGUGUCCACGUUUUCGGCAACCGACCUUCUCCGGCGGUUGCCACAUAUGGACUUAGACGUUGUGUAAAUACUGACUGUAAGGAAGAUGUAAAGCAGUUUGUUACCAGAAACUUUUACGUCGACGACGGAUUGGUGUCAUUUCCCAGCGUUAGUGAAGCAGUUGAUGUUCUGAAGCGAACUCAGAAAACGCUCCUGGAAGCUGGAAAUUUGAAACUACACAAGAUUGCAUCGAAUAGGGAAGAAGUGAUGCUACAAUUUCCGUCUGCGGAUCUUGCAAAAUCCAUGGAACAGCUUGACCUGGAUCGAGAUGACUUACCUGUACACCACAGUUUGGGUUUGUGUUGGAACCUAGCUACAGAUAUCUUUACAUACACAGCCUCAGAAGAGCAGAAGCCCUUAACCAAAAGAGGACUGCUGUCCACUGUAAAUGGGUUAUUCGAUCCACUUGGUUUCAUUGCGCCCAUAAUCUUAAAUGGCAAACUUAUCAUGCGAGAAGCAUUUACUGGGAUUGAGAGUUGGGACGAUCCCUUACCUACAGCGACUACGAGUGCCUGGAAACUUUGGUUGGAACAAUUGACGAGACUUGAUGGUGUUCAUAUUCCCCGGUGCCUAUUGUCUGUAUCAUACAGCAAGUGUGUUGACACAAUGUUACACAUCUUUUGUGAUGCAUCUGAAAAAGCAGUAGCUGCCUGUGCUUACCUGAGAGGUAGAACCGUGGAUGAGAAGAUCUCUGUGGGAUUUGUAUUCGGCAAAUGUAAAGCUGCACCAAGAAGUGGACACACGAUUCCAAGAUUGGAACUCUGUGCUGCCGUUCUAGCCGUGGAACUUGAUGAAAACCCUGCUGAUCAAGGAACUCGUGGACUUUUGCCAGAACUCGGUGAUAGUUUGUGGUUAAAGGGACCAGACUUCCUCAAAGUAAAUACAAGCAAUUUCCAGAAUGAGACAUUUUCUUUGGUGAACCCAGAUCAAGAUAGUGAAGUACGACCAGAGAUAGUGACCCUUAAGACUGUAUCAGUAUCAACCAAGCCAACUUUAGGAACAUCACGUUUCAGUCGUUUUGGAAAACCCCUUCCAAAAGACAGUACAAUUCUGACUCUGUCUCCUUACCUUGAUGACGGUUUGCUACGAGUUGGUGGACGAAUCAAAUUGUCGGACUUACCUGAAGGGGAGAAGACACCCAUCCUUAUACCUGGCAAGAGCCAUGUUGCCCGACUAUUGGUUCAUCAUCAUCAUGAGAAAAUCUACCACCAAGGGCGUCAUCUGACAGAAGGUGCUAUACGAAGUGAGGGCCUAUGGAUCUCUGGAGGGAAACGCUUGGUGUCAUCAAUCAUUCAUCACUGCGUGACCUGCCGCAAGAUGAGAGGGAAGCCAUUAUGUCAGAAAAUGGCUGAUCUUCCUAAAGUCCGCCUUACAAGGUCAGCACCCUUCACCUUUGUUGGUGUGGAUGUUUUUGGCCCGUGGAGUGUCAUCACGAGACGAACAAGAGGGGGCAGCGCACACUCAAAACGUUGGGCGGUGUUGUUUACCUGUUUGUAUAGCAGAGCAGUCCACAUCGAGGUCAUUGAGGAGAUGACCUCGUCUUCUUUCAUCAACGCCUUAAGAAGGUUUGUUGCAGUUCGUGGUGCGGUCUCUGAAUUCAGGUCAGAUAGAGGGACAAACUUCGUGGGGGCUGCUGCUGAGCUGCAGAUGAAUGUAGUGAACGUGGAAGACCACAAUCUGAAGACAUUUCUUGCGGACAAGAGGAUUGUAUGGAGGUUUAAUCCUCCCCACGCAUCCCAUUUUGGAGGCACAUGGGAAAGGAUGAUAGAAAGGAGCCGGUUGCUGUGA